CAUGGAUAAGCCACUACUAUUCUCAAUUACGUCUGGCCACACUUUUUUAUUUCUGGCAAUUUCUUAAAGGUGAACUCAAUUUUCUACGCACAGCACAAUGACAGGUCGUGGUAAGGGAGGUAAAGGUUUGGGAAAAGGUGGUGCUAAGCGUCAUCGCAAAGUCUUGCGUGAUAAUAUCCAGGGUAUUACCAAGCCUGCUAUUCGUCGUCUGGCUCGUCGUGGCGGUGUUAAGCGUAUAUCUGGAUUGAUCUACGAGGAAACCCGUGGCGUCUUAAAGGUUUUCUUGGAAAACGUCAUCCGUGAUGCGGUUACUUACACCGAGCACGCUAAGCGCAAGACAGUCACCGCUAUGGACGUUGUGUAUGCCUUGAAGCGACAGGGCCGCACUCUGUACGGCUUCGGCGGCUAAGUGCAUUGCACGGCAAGCGACUUGAUAAUGCUAUUAAUACAGCUUAUUAAACAUAGCCCACAAUAUACUACUUAAUCAUGAAUAUUUGAGAAUAUAUAACCAGUAGCGAUAACAUACUGUAUUGACAAGAAAAAAAAUAUUCCAUAAUUAUAAACACAAAUACACUUAUUUGACAUAUACUACAUAUUUAUGCUUGAAACUUUCGUGUAAAGUGUAUUUGCAUUUGGCAUAGAAAGAUUUCUGCUCUUAGUAAAACAAAAUUGAAUGCUAAUAAAUCACUUAUAAAAAGCGCA